CAACAGCAGCUGCCAGCUCGCGGCAUGUGGACCUGGGUGUGCGUCCGUUUGACCAGCAUUGAUUUCAGCGAAACUAGUCGACAGUCGGGGACAAACCUUAAGCGCAGUGACGGUAUUUUGGCGACCGCUUACCUGGACAAUAAGAUGAAGAAAUAAUGCGAAUAGUGGAUUUUGUUUCUACUUGUAGGUACAGCACAGCAGAAUAAGGGAAGUCACCCCCAAAAGGAUCCAAUUAUCUCAGUACAAAUCAGUCCACAGAUUGUCAAGAUCUGUAUAAUGAUUUGGACAUGAAGAAGGACAUAGAUACAUUGAUAGCAGAGGAACGUGCUGAAAUCAUUGCCAAAUAUGACAAGGGCAGGCAGGAGGGCGUCAACAUUGACCCAUGGGAGGAUGCUGAGUACAGCAUCUAUAAGGUCACCGACCGCUUCGGCUUCCUGCAUGAGGAAGAGCUACCAACACCCAGCGCGCUUGAAGAAAAGCAAAAGCAGCAGGACAUAGAGCGAGUGGAGAAAUGGCUGAAGAUGGUGAAGAAGUGGGACAAGUACAGGAACAGUGAAAAGUUGGUGAAGCGGGUGUAUAAAGGCAUCCCUCUGCAGCUGAGAGGCCAGGCCUGGGCCUUGCUUUUGGACAUAGAGAAAGUCAAACAAGAUAACGACGGAAAAUAUGAGAGAAUGAAGCAGCAAGCUCGCAACUUCUCCACAGAGAUCAAACAGAUAGACUUAGACGUCAACAGAACCUUCAGGAACCACAUCAUGUUCAUGGACCGCUUUGGAGUCAAGCAGCAGGCACUGUUUCACGUACUAGCGGCUUACUCUGUUUACAACACGGAGGUGAGCUACUGCCAGGGGAUGAGUCAGAUCGCUGCCAUCUUGCUCAUGUACCUGAAUGAGGAAGACGCCUUCUGGGCUCUGUCCCAGCUCCUCACCAACAGCAAGCACGCCAUGCACGGGUUCUUCAUCCCAGGAUUUCCCAAGCUGCACCGUUUCCAGGCCCAUCAUGAUUUGGUCCUUUCCAAAAUGGUGCCAAAGCUGAAGAAACACCUGGAUAAGGAGCAGAUGACAACGGGGAUUUACACCACCAAAUGGUUUCUGCAGUGCUUCAUUGACAGAACCCCUUUCACCCUCACCCUGCGUUUAUGGGACAUCUACAUAUUGGAGGGAGAGAAGAUGCUUACUGCCAUGGCUUAUACAACCCUUAAGUUACACAAGAAGCGCCUGCAGAAGCUUCCAUUAGAGGAGCUGAGGGAGUUUCUCCAGGAGCAGAUGGGUGUGUCCUUCUUCCUGCCCGAUGAUGUGGUGAUUGAACAGUUACACGCCGCUAUGGCUGAGCUUCGCAGUAAAAAGCUGGACCAACCUCCUCCAGCCAAGUCAGAGGAGCUGCCAAAGAAACCUCUGGGUCAAGAGAGACCAGUUCUCCUUCUGCCUCUGCAGCCGGACUCGCCACUGGAGGUCAAAGUAAAUCUGCAGCCCCACAGCCAACCCAGUACAGAGGCCCAGCAAACAGACAACAUCGCCCUACACCAAACUCCUUCUCCUGCAGAGCCCCAGGACUCGAGAACACCUCCUCUGCCUUCACCUGACCCAGUUGUAGUCCACACACAAGGUACACCUUCUCCUUUAAGGCCUUGCAGAGCACCCCCGUUACCUCCAAAAGCGGAGCAACGCUGUGCCGAGGUCGAGUUGGACAGAGAGGGGAAGGAGUCACUUCCAGAGGUUAGCCAGGAGAGCCAGACUGGAGACCCAGAGACCCAGGACGAGCCCGUGGCUUGGCCUCCACCCUAUGAGCCCCUUGCGUUGGAAUCUGUUGCUGUGCCGGCUGAGGAGGAAUUCAUGGACCUUCCGGAUCUGCCACCGCCACCUUUCUUUUACACUGAGCAGAAUGACCGAGGGCCUCUGGACAGUGAAUCCCCCCACCUGGAGACUGGGACUGGCCCAGAGACUCAGCAAUGCUCUCCUUCCCCUCGCUCCGCAUCACCACUGGUCACUCAGGUGAAGCUGUCUCCAAAACCAACCACGUCUCUUGACCUCACACAGAAAAAACCACCUCCCUCAAAGCCUUCCCUUCCCAAAAAGCCUUCCACUGUCAGUGCCUGGACCACAUCCUCCUCCUCUCCCAGACUUCCUCCCCCAAAGCCAACCAAGUUCCCCGUCUCUCUCUACGUCCCGAUGCACACAGGAGACAGACGGCCUUCCAACACCUCCCAGUAUGACAACCUUUCCGAGGCCGAUGAAGACGACCGCUACCUGGAGAGGCUGCUGGGCUCCACGCCUGAGGAAAUUCCCAGCAUGCAUGGCAAUCCCCCACACACCCCUGGCGGAGACUAUGACCCUGCUCUCUUCCCUCUGCCUCCACCUCCUAUGUUCAUCCCUCCUUCGCCUUCCCCUAUUCCUCCCUCGCUGUGCGUUCUCCCCAGUUUGCCUCAGGAGCCAGAAUACGCAGGAGAGGACAGCUGGGUGGUGGACUCCAUCAUCCCCCCCCCUCCGGCUAGCUUUGCUGACAGACUCCCCCCCAACACGGGUGGUGCUGCCAGCUGUUCAGACACACACAGAGCCACCUCGCCCGGUUACUCUAAGCCUUUUUCUAGGGGCCCCAGGAACCAUUCUGCUUUCCCAGCACCCCUGUUGUACACUGGGUCUCCCCCAGGACACUCCAGGCCCUCAGGACAGUCGGCAAUAGGGGUGCCCUCGGUCCGAUCCAGCCCAGACUUUUGCAGGAUGCCUCCAGGUGGACAGCAACUGCCCAAAUCAGUGACCUUUUGAAGUUUCUAAGUAUCAUUCAAGUGUAACUGAUUGUGCCAAGAUGAUUGGGACUCCCGGUAAUGCUUGAUUCCUUUUCAAAGCCAUUUAAGAGGCGAAAGGCCAGUAGCUAUGUAGUGUGUCAAAUGUUUGUGUGUGUGUGAAAAGACUUUUUUUCAUUGAUAUGUACAGAUUUAUGUGAUACUUGCACCUUUUUUUUAGUUAUUUUCUUCCGGUUAACUUUUCUAAGAUUCAAACUUGUAUUUAAAACCGCUGCCAAUGUCACCGUUUGCUGCACGCACAGAAAAUGAGUGUUUCAACUCGCCUGCCCCCUAGUGUGUGAGACCAGAUUUGGUCCUCAGUUUCAGGGGGUCGGUACAUAGAAAUGCACACAGAAAUAAGGUGAUCUUACACCAGCUGAGUGUUCCACUGUUGCUUCACCUCCAGUUAGUUUCAUUUUGUCGCAACAAAAGUGUCUUAACCUGAUCGCAGUGCACUGAGGCUAGCAGCUCCAACCCAAGGGCUUUUCAAGAGGAACUAAUUAAUGAGGUCAUCUUUGCUAAAGCACCCAAAGCCUAUACAGUACAUUUUACUGCAUUUAUGGUCAACUGUGAGCAGGCUCACACAUCUUAACUGUAUGUCAAACUGUAAUGAGUAACUGUUAAUAUUAAUAUAUAUGAUAUAUGUUAAUGUCAAUAUAGUUUGUUUACUGUAUCUUGAGGUCAAUAUUUAAUAACAAAGGACCAUAAACCAAGUUGCACCAAAGCAGUUUGCACUUAAAAGAAUUGCUAAAGUUGUAACCAAUAGCGACAGAUGAGACGUGGUGCAAUACGUCAGUGGUGUAAACACGGAGGCUAGUUGGAUUCACAUAGAGAAAGCCCAGUCAGGUCCUUUAUUUCUCCUCAGUUGGGGUGCAGCGGGUGCUCCGCGGGUGCCUUGCUGCUCUCGGUAGGACGAUCAACCUCAGAGCAACGGCUUCGGUGCUAUAUCUGUUUUCUGACACUCGAUUUCACGGCAAUAAUGUACUGUUCCAUGUGUAUAAGCAUGUAUUUAUCAAGGUGGAAAUGUACAACUUAACAAGAGGAUUUAAUGAAUGCAACAUAUUGUCAGCACAGACAGACUUACAGU